GGAAGAAUCAUUUGCUACAGCCUGUCACUGGCUGGACAGGAUACACAACAGACAGGAACUACGUAAUGUGUGACGAUAUAAAGCUACUUUUGUAGAAUCGAAAAACUGCAGUUCAUAGAACAUGGAUAAUCAAUAUGGGUAUUCCGGUGACACGUACAACCGGCAUGUUCUCGGGGAGGACAGCUCUGUAAUGGCUCGCAUGCAGAAGAAGUUCUGGAAAACUAAGCAGGUUCUCAUCAAAGCAACAGGGAAGAAAGAAGAUGAAUAUGUGGUGGCAUCAGAUGCAGACCUAGAUGCAAAACUGGAGUUUUUUGGAUCUGUUCAGACUACUUGCACAGAACUUCUGAGGGUUAUUGAGAAGUACCAGCAGAGAAUAAACUGUUUAUCCCAGGAGGAGAACGAGCUGGGGUUGUUUCUCAGGUUUCAGGCAGAGCGGGACAAAACCAAGGCAGCCAACAUUAUGGAUGCCACCAGCAAGGCAUUGUGUGCAUCAGCAAAGCAAAGGAUAGCGCUGUGCACUUCGCUGCACCGGAUGGAACAGGAAGUGGAGACGUUCCGGCGACGCGCCAUCGCUGACAGCCUGAUCACUGUGGAGCGCAUGGAAAAGGCCCGCACGGAAUACAGGGGCGCCUUGCUCUGGAUGAAGGAUGCCUCUCAGGAACUGGAUCCAGACACUUAUAAACAGCUGGAGAAAUUCAGGAAGGUCCAAGCACAGGUGAGAAACACCAAGACACAGUUUGAUAAACUGAAGAACGACGUGUGCCAGAAAGUGGACGUUUUGGGAGCAAGUCGCUGCAACAUGCUUUCACAUUCCCUUGGCACCUACCAGACCGCACAGCUGCACUUUUGGGAGAAAACUGCCCAGAUGAUGUCAGAAAUCCAAGAAGCAUUUAAAGGUUACAUACCGUAUGAGUUCACUACUCUGAAGGAUUUACAAGAUCCAAUGGACCAGUUAACAGAAGAACAAAAAGAUGAGAAGACGACCGAGGAGUCAAUAGCUAAUGACCUAGAUAAAUUGAUUUCACUGGAUGAAGAAAAUCCCAUGAAAUCUGGAACCAAUGAAGCUCAAAGUGCCGACACCCAAAGCAAAGACAGCGACAGUUCCUUAUUCCCAAGCCUUGACAAUGCCCCGAAGGACCAUUUUGCUGACCUCCAAGAAGGAGAGGAUUCCGACAGGAAUGACAUGUCCUUCCUGAAGGACCUGCUGAGCCCGGGACCUCUGGGGUCUGAGGAGUUCAGCAGGGAGUGGAAUAAUGCAUUUGGAAGCUUUGAGCCCAGUCCUGCCCCAGCAUCCGGACCAGCCUUAUCACCAGAGCAGCGUUCGAGCCCGACUGGAUUCCUCCCCUCCCAGCUCCUCGAUCGCAGCCUCAGUGCAACCGGUUGGACAACACCUCCCAUGUUUCAAGCACAGCCCAUGCAAACCCCUCGGACCUCAUCCCAGUCUGCGAUCCUGCCAGUGCCUCACCAAAACUUACCAAAGAUGCCACAAAAGGCCUCAAAGAGUGCCCCCCAAGACAUGUCGGCCUGGUUUAACCUGUUUGCUGACCUGGACCCCCUUUCAAACCCGGAUGCUAUUGGCCGCACUGAUGAUGAGCUGCUGACUGCCUGAAGAAGAUUGUAUCCCAUAGUCAGGGUCUGCCACUGAGAGAGUUUAUUCUUCAGCAAUUCACUUUGAUAUGUCCCACCCAUCUGUAAACCUAGGAACAAGAAGGUGUCCCCCACAAGGGAUGAAUUUAACCCUCUGUCACUGAGGUCUCCUUAUUUCUACUGAUAAUCCAAAGAAACACCCACAUCCCUAGGAAGUGGUAGUCUUGGUACACAGAUGGUGUAUUGUCUGUGAGUUAUUUACACUUUCAUGUGUGUAUAUUAUAUUGUUUAGAGAUGUGUUUUUUUUGGUUUGUUUUUUUAAUUUUUAAUUUAACGCCUUUUGGGUCCAUGGGGUGCUUUGCUAGUGUGAGGCAAGGAUAUGCCAGCUCUCCAGGCUUCACUCACUACCACAGGGGUGUGAUUCUUGAUGAAUUUGCCUGUCCGGUCUGUGUUGAGAGUCAGUACAGAUUCUCGAAUCUCUUACAAAACGUCUUUCUUUUAGGAAACCUGCCUUGAUGCAGAUGACAUUUGUUGACUCACAUUUUUGCCAGGAAAGUUUCCAGAAUGCAUAGUGGCUGGCUAAACAUAUUGCUUAGUAUAUUACUAACUUAAUGUUUAAACCUCUCUGUUUGUAGAUAUAUUCUAUAAAUCUAAUUCAAAAUAAACUUACCAUAAAUUAAUCAAUAAAAUAUUACAUGCUAGGUUAUAGCAUAAUGCAUUAACUAUAACUUGAACAUCAAAACACACAUAGAAACAUUGGACUGGAAAGGCAUACCGAUAUGUGUGUGGAUCAUUUGCCAUUUAGGUUCUGUGUCUUCAGAUAGAGAAACUGAUUUUAGCUGAAAUGAAGCAAUGCACUAAAGUAGAAAUUGGAACUUGAAUAGCUGACAUAUUAGAUUAGAAAAGUGGUGUUAUUGUUAAAACUGCCCUUAAAUGAACACAUUUUUCUUGCAAUCAGAUGUGUUGGAAUUUACAAAAAACAAAAAAAGCACACAUCUGUCCUCCCAAUUGCUUCCGUGGCCGUGAGAACAGUGGAAAAAUAAGUUUGGGCUUUAGAAACGUUGUUUUGUUUUUAUUGCCAAAAUUAAAGAGAUUCAUUAUUGCUAGGGGAGUAGGUCUUUUGUGAACAAUGUUAACCGUUUCCCUGUUUGUUACCAACGGUACAUUUUACAUCAGACUUGGUAAUAAAUCUGCAGUUUAUUCUUAGGACAGUAGCCUUACUUUUUGUGGGAAUUGCUUUUUAUUUCAUGACUGGUAUUACCUGGCUGCUGCAAUCUUGAAAUUGAAUGUUCCUUCCACUGUGAAACAAGUAAGAGGGUGCAGCAGAAGGAUGUGUAACUUACACAAUGUACUCUUCUGUAAUUUAUUCCAACACUACCCAUUCUGUAGAUCAUUAUUAGCGUAAAAUAACACAACUCUAUAGAUGCACACGUUAAAAAAAGGGAUCUUAAAUAUCACACACACGCAAUAAAUGUUUGUUACUGCAUUGAGUAGUUAAGUGAAAGUGACCAAGCAAGUAGAGAAACAAUGUGAUUUCUUCAGUAUUGUGGACCUUGGAUGAAAAUUUUACUUCAGGCAAAAGACGUUUUAAAGAGUUAUGUUUGGUCAUUGAUGCUGUUAAGUCAUAGUUUUAAUUUAUAGAUAGUUUUUUUUUGUUUUGCUUUUUUUAAGGCAGUAAUGGAUCUGAAAUUAAAGUCAUUAAUGUUGUGACAUCAAAUUUGUGUCUUCUGCUAGAUUAUUAUAAAACUGGCUUGCCUGUACUUAAUACAGCUAGUCAGUUAUGCACCGCAGUUCUGAUAGUUUCCUGGCUGUAUUACUGUUCAAACAGACAACCUAGAAGCUUGGUUACAUUAUAUUGGUUAAAAAAACAGGGAUGAUUUAAUUUUAAAGGAUGUUGUUACAAUGUGGGGACAACAACUUGUGUUUUGAAGUGUAUAUCGAAAUGUUUCUUGUUGUUUUUUGUUAUUUUGGUGCCUGAAGAAGAAAUAUUGAAGGUUACAGCAUCUAUUUGUAAAACAUGUUCUGUAGCACUACCUAAUCCAUCGAACUGUUACAAAAGGGCAUGUUUUCACUGUGUAACCACUAACUGUUACCUAUACUUGUGCUCUGAUGUUUUAAGUAAGACUGGGAUUAUGUCCCCUAAAAAGUAUGACCAAGCGUUGCAAGUUGCUGCCAUUUUAAAUUGGCACAUUUAUCGCUUGGUAUGCUGCAGCCAGGAUGAGACCACCAUAUUAGAGACUCCUGACUAUCCUAGGACAAGAAGUGCUAAAGCUAGUAAAUAAAGAUGUUUAUUUUUGGGAGGAUUUAUGUACUACUACAGUGUAUAUUUGCAGGUACUUGCAUUUAUCCUGAACCCAUUUCAAAUAAAAUGUGUGCGCAUGUGAAGAUUGACCCCAGUAGUUACCCUGCAGUAACAAUUCAGAACUUUUAGGAUUUAGGUGAACACAGAAUUCUGGGUGUCUAUGAUGAUGAUGAUGAUGUCUAUUCUCCUCAUUUGAUGCAGUUAGUUAUUCAACACUGUCCUUCAUAUUGGAACAUGUUUUACAAAGAGCUGACCCUUCAUGUGUUUUGUUGUUUUACAAUGUUUUGUUGUGCAACUGCAAUUUUUAAAGCUGCAGUAUUACUUUUCUUUUGUGUGUUUGGAAAGAAACUUUUUUUUUUUUCUUUUAUGCUACUUGGUGUUUAGUUCAAAUGAGAAUUCUUGAUGUGCGCCACAUUUUGUUUUUUUUUUAUGGGAAGGGGGAUGCUGCAGUUUUCAAAUUGCUGUUUUUCUUUUAACACUGGAAAGAAUGUAAACUGUAUUCUAACACUUUUGUAUUUAUAUACCUAUUUAAAUCAAACAGUCCUUGUGUUUUAUUUAGAUAUUUGACUUUGUAAAUAAUUCAUCUUGGAAUCUGUAUGUGUGUGUGUAUGUAUGUGU